AUCUUUUGCUGUCGAGAGAUGCUCGCAACGAAACAAAAUUUUAAUCGCCUGUUUUUGUCUUCUGUCAUUCUGACGUUUAGAUUUUAGGAACAAAUUUACGGCAACAAGAAGUUUUCAACUCCGGAAAACUUUUGUAAGAAAUUAAAAUAAUGUCAAGAAUAAUCCCUUUGUAAACCAUGAACACAUUGAAGCUGAUAAGAUGCAUUCCGAAAAGAUCUCUGCAAGGGCUAAGAUUGAUGUCUUCCUCUUCCAGUAAUAUUAUUCCUGUGUCGGAAGUCAAGAGAUUUACCGUAGACUGUCUGGAGGCUGCUGCAGUGCCCCAAGAUCACGCAGUUAUGCUGGCCGAUGUCCUCGUCGCUGCAGACUAUCGAGGCCAUUUCAGUCAUGGAAUGAAUAGACUUGAAAUGUAUGUGAAAGACGUGCAGUCUGGAAUUUGUGAUGGAGGCGCUGAGCCUGCAAUUAUAAAACAAACUGCAGCCACGGCACUUGUCGAUGGAAAAAAUGGUCUUGGACCAGUUGUCGGAAAUUUUUGUAUGCAGCUUGCAAUAAACAAAGCUUUGGAAACUGGAGUUGGCUGGAUUGCUGCAAAAGGCUCUAAUCAUUACGGAAUUGCAUCUUGGUACAGUCUGCAGGCAGUUGAGAAAGGAAUGAUAGGUUUGUCGUUCACAAAUACAUCUCCACUUAUGAGUCCCACAAGGGCCAAAACACCGGCACUCGGAACAAAUCCUUUAACUUUGGCAGCACCUGGCAAAAAUGGAGACUCUUUUGUCCUGGACAUGGCAACCACAGCAGUUGCUUUGGGAAAGCUUGAGGUCCAGCGGCGCAAAAAUGAGCCAUUGCCGCACGGCUGGGCCCAAGAUGAAACGGGCACUGAAACGACAAACGCUGCAAGGGCCGUCACCAAAGGCACUUUGCUGCCUCUCGGAGGGACUGAACUCACCUCUGGGUAUAAAGGUUACGGCCUAUCUUUUCUUGUGGAGCUCCUUUGUGGAGUUUUGGCUGGUGCAACUUAUGGUCCACACAUAAGGCGUUGGAUGACAACGGACAGGUCUGCGGAUUUGGGACAGUGCUUCAUAGCUGUCAACCCAGACGCUUUUGCACCGGGUUUUACUGAAAGACUGCAAGAUUUGAUGGACUACAUGAGAAACUUGGAGCCGAGUGACCCGUCGCUGCCCGUUCUUGUGGCCGGAGAUCCCGAAAGGAAGUGCAUGGCAAUGAAUGACAAGCAGGGCGGCAUCAAGUAUCACGAGAGCCAACUCAUCGCCUGUAAAGCGUUGGCAAACACGCUGAGUGUCAUUCCACUUCGACCUCUGUAAGAAGGCCAAGGAUGUGAUUGUUUUCAUCAAAACCAUUUGGCAACUAUAAGUAAUAAUUAAUUGUAAGAGACUUGGAAACCAGAUAGAAGUCAAUUUCUCUAAUAUUAGUUAAAUGUGAAAAAGUGGGCUCCCUUUUUCCCUUUAAAAGCAAUCAACAACUCCAAGGCACAUUGAGUGAGUGAAGUACAAAGGUGCUCAAUUUUUAGAUUUACCUUUAUUACAAACUUUAUCAAUAUUUUGACACUUUUACUGUGUUAAUGGAUAUCACAAUUAUUAUCAUAAUUUUCUAGGCAUGUUUAUUGUUAAAACUUUUUUCCGGUCGGUUAUGGCAAUAUUUUUCCAACAUAUUAUAUAAAUAAUUUUCUUAAAAAUGUACAUUUCCGAAUUUUGUUAUAUCAUUUUUUUGUUGACAAAUUUCUCAGUUAUAUUAUAUUCAAAUCGCGAUUAAAUUACACUUUGACUACCUCAAAAAAAAAGAA